AUGACAGCGUCCUCGACUUCGACGCCUGAGGAGACUUCCAUCGCAACGACUCGAACGAUGCGAGUGCCGAUCAUGACGUUCAUUGCCGGCAUUGGCGACAAUGUGCGCAUGAAGUUUGCCGCUUCCAACUCUCCUGCAGGUGAACUCUACCGGUCUGGGAAGCUGGAGCUUGUCGACAUCCCACUGCCCCAGUUGGUCGGCAACAAACAGAAUCCGCUUCACGGACACAAUAUGAAAGACCCGGGUGAGCCGCGCUGGAACCUCACGUCAAAGCAGCAAAAGACCGUUGAGGAGGCAGAAGUUGUCAUGAUGGACUCGAAUAGCGGUGGCCCUGUCUUCCUUGCACCCAAAGAGAAUCUACCCAAAGACAAACAACACAUUUUGAGCAACGUCAAGUGGGUGCAAGCCACGUACGUUGGAGUAGAGACGUAUCUGAAUCUGCUGCCUAAAGAAGGCAGCCGGUAG